GCGUAGGCCCCGCCCCUCGGCCUCCGCGAGCCAAUCGCAGCCCAGGGGCGGGUACUGAGGGUAUAUAAAGCAGCUCGGCGGCGCCCUGGAUCUCUCCCGGGACGGCGAAAAAUUAGGUGCGUAGGUUUGGGGAGCCGCCCCUGGAACCGGAGCUGUCGUGUCCCCCUCCUCUUUUAAUUUACCGUUGCCAACAAUAAAGGCCUUUCCUGCCGUAGUAAGUGUGUGUCCGCGUUUUUUCCAUGGUUGUCAUUAGGCUGUUCGCGUUAUCCCACAAAGCGGAAUUUGCAACCUUUCUCUUGGACCUCAGGCUCCUUCGGGAGUGCGGGCGACAUUUCGCAGAAGGCCGACCUUGCCGGGAUCUCCAGAUGGCCGCGCUGCGAGCAACUCUCCACGUGGCGACCCUGGCGGCUGGGGCGCGCCGAGCUUUGUUGGGUAGGGAAGGCUCCCUGGCUGGUAACUGCCUGGCCCACCGUCGCCUCUGGGAUAAGCUCCACAGCGGUCCCCGAGUUGGCAGCGUCCCCACGUUUGACUGGUUCUUUGGGUAUGAGGAAGCCCAGGGGCUCCUACUGCCGCUGCUGCAGGAGGCACGGGCUGCCUAUCCACUGCGGGUGUUGGACGUGGGCUGUGGGACUUCCAGCCUAUGUACAGGUCUCUACACCAAGUGUCCAAUUCCCGUGGAUGUGCUGGGGGUGGACUUCUCUCCUGUGGCCGUGGCCCACAUGAACAGCCUCCUGGAAGGUGGCCAAGACCAAAUACCCCUGUACCCUGGGCACCCUGCCUCUCGACUACAGUUCAUACAGGCUGAUGCCCAGGACCUGGAGCCCGUGGCUCCCUCAGGCUCCUUCCAGCUAGUGCUGGAUAAGGGCACCUGGGAUGCUGUUGCCCGGGGUGGUCUGCCUGGGGCUUACCAGCUUCUGUCAGAAUGCCUAAGGGUCCUAAGCCCCCAGGGGACCCUGAUUCAGUUCUCCGAUGAGGACCCUGAUGUGCGGCUACCCUGCCUGGAGCAAGGGUCCCAAGGCUGGACUGUGACUGUGCAGGAGCUAGGCCCUUUCAGGGGCAUCCCCUACUUUGCUUACUUGGUUCAAGUCUCUCAUUAAAGACUUUAGUUCUAAC